UGAUAGUUUAUAUGAUUUAGUGAGAUGCAUCUCCUAAAAUACGAAUGAUGACCAAUCUCUUUUAUCAAGGACCUUGUGGCUAAAAGGAAGAUAAGAACUAUCUGGUGAGCCAGUAUGGAACUUUAUCAAAGAUAUACCAGAGCUGGUAGACUAUUUUCCUGAUAUGAGCAGGACGAGACUCCAGAUUAAAAAAAUUAUGUUAUCUAUUCUUCGAAUACUGAGAAGCAAUAUGUGCAAGAACCUCCUCAAGAAGUCAAGGAAAGCAAGAGGGUCUAAACCUGUUUAUAGUCAAAAUGAUAUGGUAGAGAUUCACCUAGGUCUUCUUAAUCUGUUCUCAUAGGCUUGUUCUAUAAAAAGGAGGAAGAAGUGUAGCUUAUCUCCUUAAAAAGUCCUAAUCUUCUAAAGUUUGAGGAAAGAAGCCUCAGGAGCAUUAUUCAAAGCUAGAGCUUUUACAACAGCAUUAUGUCAUUUCGAGGAGAGUUGAAGAAAGAAAGGAGUCUGCUCUAAGACAUGAAGACCAAGUAAACACGCAAAUGGACAGCAGUGACUCGAAGCCACAAUGAAUUACAAUAAGGUGCAUGAGAAAAUUCCCAGAAUUAACUCCAGAAGACUCCAAAAAACUAUUCGAAAUUCCAAAAUCCCUAGAAACC